UGACCGCGCCAACCGCGCGGCCUUGUCUCCGGCGUCCGUGCUCGCUCAGUGGUCCUUUAGUACGUCAAAAUGGCUGGGAGCAUUCUUGAGAACCUAAGCGGUCGCAAGCUUGCCUGCAUAGUGGCGGUGGUGCUUACACUUCAAGUGGUGUGCUUCCUCAUCGGCGGCCUGAUCGCUCCGGCACCGUCCAAUGCCGACCAGAUUCUUGCAACAAUAUGCAAGAGGGACACAUUGCUUCCCGUGGGCACAUUCGACGACACCUGGCACAUACCACGUGGGUCCGGUGGCCAGCCUACGAACUGCAACGUCAUCCACGAACUCUCGGACACAUCCAGGCUGGAUCCCAACCUGACAGCCAACCACAUCGUCUUUGCGUUCCAAGCUCCAAGUCCACGAUCGGACAUGGAUCUUGACUAUUCACGGUGGAUGCAGAACCUCAUAGGCAUCCUUCAACUGGACAUUAUUCACAGCGACUCCCACCCAAUGGUUGCAAGCCCACUACUUAGCCUUGAGGUCAAGCUUGGCUACAGGAAUAAGCACGACCCUCCGGACAAAUGGACGCUUGCGGCAAAGUCUGUUGAGGAACGUUAUUUGCAUUGCGACGUUAAUAGCACUAAGAUUUCUGAUGGCCAUGCGUACAACUGUGACAUCCUGAGCCUCUUUGAGCUGGGGAGCCUCCACCAUGACUAUUAUCUCUUGAAUCUGCGACUGCCAAUACACGAAGACAGUCCGGGCAACAAAGAGCUCAAGGAAGUCAGGGAUGUGUGGCUUGUGCUUAUCCACCAAAAUGGCGGCUUCACCAAGGUGUGGGUUUCACUCAAGACAUUCUUCUUUCCCAUCGUGCUGGCUACGCUGAUCUGGUUUUGGCGGCGCAUCAGGAUGCUGGCACGCCCACCGCACCUCAUCGAAGGCAUGCUCCUUUCCCUGGGGAUUGCUUUGACACUACUCAACUUGCCCCUGGAGUUUCUCACUCUUUGGUUCAACCUGCCUUUCAUGUUGCUCUUGAGUGACAUCAGACAGGGAAUAUUCUACGCAACGCUGCUCAGCUUCUGGCUCAUUUUUUGUGGAGAGCACCUGAUGGAUGAUGUUGAACGUAACAGGUUGCGGUCAUACUGGAAGCACCUUAGUGCUGUGAUAACAGGCUGCGUCUGCCUCUUUAUAUUCGACCUGUGCGAAAGAGGGAUUCAGCUGAAGAACCCGUUCUACAGCAUCUGGGCAACUCAUGUUGGGAGCAACCUUGCUCUGGCAUUCAUCAUUGCUGGCGGGGUUUCAGCUGGAAUAUACUUCAUCUUCCUUUCGUACCUGCUUUAUCGUGUGCUUCGCAACAUUAGCUUCAAGAGGAGUGCCCUACCAAGCAUGAGUCAGGCACGCCGGAUGUACUAUGAGGUUGGUUUUCACAAGACAUGGUGCAAGUUUGCAGUAUUGUGGUUCCCAUGUGUGAGCUUGUGCACAACUUCUUUGCAGGGCAUCAUAUACAGGUUCAAGUUCCUGCUCCUUGCCACGCAGAUCUGUGCAGCCCUCACAGUGAUCGCCUACAUCAUAGGACAGGUGAGUGAGGGUCGCUGGAAGUGGGAUGACGACAUCGACCUGGAGUUCACGUCUGCUUUCUUCACGGGCGUUUAUGGCAUGUGGAACCUCUACGUCUUCAUGCUGCUUGUCCUGUACGCACCAUCUCACAAGUAUUACCCGACCCCCGCUGAUCACUCCACAAGCCAGGAAGAAAUCGAGUUCAGCCGACUUACCACUACAGAGCCUGUGCCCACAGAGCCUACAGAGUCAUCAUCACUGACAGAGUUUGCCAAGAAGGCAGCAUUGGAUUAGUUUCUCACCUAUUCAACUCAUCCGAGCCCUCCAACUGUUUCAUUUGUCUGUUUGUUUCUCCUUCAUGGCUUUUAGGACAAUCAAGGUUUCAUGUUUACUGCCCCAACGCUUGCAAGACCGGUCACGUGAACAGGUGUAUUCUCGCAGUAUUGCUUCAAACCAGUGCUUCCCAAAUAUUUGCUGCCAGGUGGCCCCCUGACCGACCGAAAAUACUGAAUGCCAGCCACGCAGCCCUAAGACUCAUAAUUGACAAUACCAAAAAUGAGAGAGAAAAUUAUGCAGGAAACUUUUCUCCAGCGUUAGUUUAGCCACAGGUAAUCCGCUGAGCUAACCACGGUAUAACAUUGGCCUGCAGAAAGGAAGUCGCUUGUGGCUUGACUGAAUUAGUUUGUCGAAGGGCAAUUUGUCACAGCAGGACUGAAUUUCAGCUGCUGUCACUUCCAAUUUUGACUGUUUGAGUGCACCAUCUGCUUUUUCUAGUUGGCAACGCAGAGACAUGGAGUAUGAACAAAUGCUGUGCGGUGUUUAGUGUUAGGAAAGAGUGACUUAGAAAGCUUUCCUGUUUGUAAAACACGUACUCUUCAAAUAACAGAGAGCUGAGCCAGUUGGUAGGUAUUCAUGUUGAAGAGACAG